AUGAAUUCUAAGGCGACGAUUGGGGAAAGAUGUAGCAGUCCAGGGAAACGUGGAUCCAGGUGUUCUUUUUGGUUCGAAAGUGUUCAUCUCCAACCGGAUCAACGAUGUAGUGAGGAAGGCUGGCAAGGGGAGUCGGACGAAGAUGGUCGGCCAGCAGAACCGGAGAUUGUAGCAGCCGAAUAUCUGGCCUUGCCGGCGUCCCUAGAAGCACCACCCGCUCUCCCAACUGCGGAUGAUCAGCGCGCCGUUGAUGGUCGAUUUCUCCGGAACCCCGUCGGAGAUCUGGAGGCGAUGAGGAAUCGAUACUUCAGGGUGGGAGGGUUUCGAGGCGGAGGCAGAGCCGUCGGGGUCUAUCCCGCACCAGUUCUUGCAACGUGGUGGAAAAUAUUUUUUAAUUAUUGUGACAUUUUUUAA